AUGAGAGACCCGGGCUCAGUGAUAACAGAAUCUGUCCCUCCACCUGCUGAGACACAUGCGGCAACAGCGGAUGAAAAUGAAGAAGACAUUCAGUUUGUUAGUGAAGGACCUCCAAGAUCUGCUCUUGAAUACACUGAUCUGGUUUGUGGUGAUGAAGAAGAGCCUAGCACCUAUCAUGGUGAUGUUAUAUUCCCUGAAAUGCAGAAUGACAAGUGGUUCAUUGUGUAUUUAACUAUGAAGAAAACAAAAACAGACACAGAGAGGAACAAGAGGAACAAAAAUCAUUGUGGAUUGUCUAAGUCGAAGGAACCAUAUGCUGAACAACCGAUUAUUGAAGAAAAGCCAUCUCGUUCAUCAAAGAAAGAUAAUCUGGUGCUUCCAGAUUUUUGGAAUGAAAAACAAGCAUUUAUGUUCAGAGAACAGUAUAAAUGGCUUGAAAUUUUAAAAGUAAAAAUUUUUAAUAUUGUUUACAGUUUAUUAAACAAUAGACCUUUAUCUGAUAUUGAAGGAGCAGUAGAAUUACAGGAGAGAAAUGGAGAGAUCAAUUGUUUAAAUACACGCUACAGUGCAACGAGGAUAGCAGAACACAUUGCAAAAGAAAUGAGAAUGGAAAUGAGGAUGGAGACAUUUAAGAGCACUGUUAAAGAGAAUGCCAUAAUCUGCAUCAUACUUGACGAAGUAUCUACAAUUUCGAAGAAAAGUACCCUAGUGAUGUAUCUCCAGUGCACGAUUCAAUCAGCUCCUGCACCUGUUGCCUUAGUUGUUGCUUUAAAAGAAUUGAAAAAAAAAAAAGAAUUGGUGUCAGCCACAGCAGAGUGUAUUUUCUACGUAUUAUUGACUACUUUAAAUAAUUGUGACUUUACAAAUGAAUAUCUGAAAACAAUAAGUUCUGAUGGUACUCAUACAAUGCUGGGGAGAAAGUCUGGAAUAGUAGUAAAGUUUUUAGAAAGCUUUCCUGAAAUCAUCAUCUGGAACUGUUUAAACCAUCGAUUGCAAUUGUUAUUUGGUGAUUCAAUAUCUGAAAUAAAACAAGUUAAUCAU